CGCGUUUCGUGCCUGUAAAUAGUCACGCGGCAAAGCGGCCGGUCUCGCGCGAUCGAUCCCUUUGACUUGAUCAAUCAGGAGAAGGCAAGAAAAAGGGUCGAUCCAUGGUGCCGGCAAUGGCGUCCCGCCGGGCCGUCCUCGUCAUGGUCGUCGCCGUCGCGGCGGCGUCGUCCGUUGCAGCCGACGAUCCGGACUACAGUUACGUGUCGGGGACCAAGCUGGGCCCGGAGAACUGGGCCAAGCUGAGCCCCAAGUACAGCGCCUGCAACGGCGGCGCUGCGGCGAGGAAGCAGUCCCCCAUCGACAUCGUCACCAAGAGCGCCGUCCCCAAGCCCGACCUCGACCCCCUCACCCGCACCUACGUCGCCACCGACGCCACCCUCAUCAACAACGGCAAAGAAAUCUCGAUGACGUUCAACGGUAAGCCUGGCGGCGUGACCAUCGGUGGCAAGGCCUUCAGCCUCAAGAAGCUCCGGUGGAAGACGCCCUCGGAGCACACCAUCAACGGCAAGAGGCACCCGGUCGAGGUCCAGCUCGUCCACGAGAGCGACGCAGGCUCCGGCGAGCUCGCCAUCAUCGCCAUCCUCUACAAGGUCGGCGCCCCGGACUCCUUCUACUUCCAGCUCAAGCGGAAGCUGGCGGAGCUGGCGGCCGACCGGUGCAGCUACGGCGAGCAGGACGCGCGCGUGGCGGCCGGCCUGGUGCACCUGCGCUCGCUGGAGAAGCGGACGGGGAGCUACUUCCGGUACAUGGGCUCCCUCACGGCGCCGCCGUGCGCCGAGAACGUCUACUGGAACGUGCUGGGCAAGGUGAGGCAGAUGACCAAGGAGCAGAUCGACCUCGUCACCGCGCCGCUGCCGGCCGCCGCCAAGCAGAACGCCCGGCCGGUGCAGCCGCUCAACGGCAGAGUCGUCACCUUCUACAACCCGCCCAACAGUACCAUCUCCUUCGACAUGUGACCUUACCCCAUUAGAUGGAAUGCUAAUUAACCUAGAAAUCAACGUACUGACCAGCUAAUCUCGUGUUUGCCUUGUCAUUAUCUCUUCGCUGCUUUACUCAGAUGAAACAUUGUCAGAAAGAUCUUGGCAUGAUACCUUGUUGUAGUACUAAUUAUAACGAUCAUCUGAAACUCUGAAUCA